CAAAAUAAAACCAAACAAAAGAAAACAAAACAAAAAUUAAUAUCGAAAAAUUAAAUUCGAAAUCAGACAGACAGAGUGACUGUCGAACUGUAAAGUGAUGUGCGUGCAACCAUCUGCCGGGAAACUCCAACAGAAAUAGCCACAAGAAUGGCCAUAGAUUUUCUCAUUUUGGCCCUGCUGCUCGUCUCGUUCCUCAUCAACCUAUUGGCGCUGUGCGCGUUCUGGAUCACGCCCGGACUCCGCACCACAGCCAAUCGUUUCACCAUCAAUCUGCUGGCCAUCAAUCUGAUCGGCUGCUGCAUUCUCGCGCCCACACUCUUUCUGGGCGGCGUCAGGAGCCUCAACGAGGCUCAGUCCGGCAGUCCCGCAGCGGAGAGCAUCGAGUUCUACUCGAAGCCGGGCAACCAUCAGGUUACCAUCCGACGCCAAGGCCAGGUGGUCGAGCAGGACGGCAUCGUGGUGCGGCGAAACGUCACAGAUGGCGACACCAUCGAGACCAUCUUCAAGUGCAAUGCCACCUACUGCCAGGAGCUGACCAUCGACGAGCGGGGCGAUGGCGGCAUCGUCAUCACGGAGACGGAAACCCACGGGGAUAACCUCAGCGCCUUUGCCAGCACACCCAGUCCGGCGCCCACACCGGCGCUGGUGCUGCCGCCUGUAGAGAUGCGCUGCUGGUCCAUCGACAUGACGGCCGCCCUGGGCGCCCUCGCUGUGCUCCUCGUGGUGGGAGACACGUGGUGUGCAGUCACCGAUCCCCUGCGCUACCACAGCCGCAUUUCGGGCGUGAAGACAUGGGUCUUCAUCGCCCUCACCUGGGUCAUUGGCAUACUCUUUGGGGCGCUGUCCGCCUUCCGGGUGCUCGACUUUGAGGCGGACACACUGCUGAGCCGGCAGCGGCGUCUGGCGGCCACCUUCUUCCACAUCACCAGCUCCAACAGCAUCUUCGGUGUGAUCUACGCCUGCGUGUACUUCAUCGUGAUUAUCCUGCUGCCCUUUGGCUUCGUUUGCGGCAUGUACUGGCGCAUCUUCAGCGAGGCACGCGGCAACGGACUGCGGAUGCGGCAGAACGGAUCCUCGCCGCUGCUGCAGAGCGCCCUCAAUCUGACGGGAGCCCACCAGGCAGCACAGACCAACAGCCAGUAUGCCAACAGCCUGUGCGUGCACCGGCAUUCCAUCUCCUCGGCCAGCUCCCAUGGCGGCUGCAGCGGCGGUGGAGGCAGCGCCAGUGUGGGCGGUCUUCAGAUGCAAAUCGAUCAGCGCCAGCAGCGCAGCUCACCCAGCUGCCUGCGCCGCGACUCGGCGGCCAAGGUGCUCCUGCCGACCAUUUCCGAUGACGGAGGCUCGGACGCCGAUGCGGACAGCAACGUUGGCAUCCAGCUAAUGCCCGUGCCGGAGCAGACGCUGGCCGAUCGCAACCAGAACAUUCUGCUCACCCUCCAGACAGCCAGCGGCGAGAUCAAGCGGAACUAUUCGGCCCGCCAGCUGCCGCUGCUGGGCACCUCCUCGCAGGAUCUGCGCGAGACGAACCGGCUGCAGGGCAUCCGCCAGGUGCACAGCUCCCCCAAUCUGCACAAGUACACGGAACUGCGCCAGGACUCGCUGAGCGACGAGUGUGGAUCGCCGCAUCUGCUGGGGCACGCACAGCUCCAGCAGCAGCAGUCGAUCCAGCAGCAUCACCAGCAGCAGCAGCAGCAGCACCAGCACCAGCAGAGCCUGCAGAAUCCACAGCAGCACCACCCGCACUUUAGCUCGCCCCGCCACCAGCAGCUGCAACAUCAGCACCAGCUGCAUGGCAGCUUGGGCGGACCCUCGGGCCACGCCCUCCAGAUACCCGCCAUCCACGCCUCGCCCAAGGCCCUCAGCUACAUGAGCUCGCUGCGUCACCGACUGAGCAAUGCCAGCUCGCUGUUCAAGUACCGCGAGGAGUCGCGUGCCGCCCGCAUCAGCAUCCUGGUGGUGAUCAUGUUCGUGGUCUCCUACCUGCCCUUUGGGCUGCUGGUGCUGCUGCAGGCACGCCUCUCGGCGGCCAACUUUGGGGGCUCCUCGCAGCUGGCCAUCUUCAUGAUACUGCUGGCCAACCUCAGUUCGCCCUUCAUCUUCGCCUACCGCAACAAGCGGGUGCGCCGCGGAGUCAAGCGGCUCUUUGGCCUGGACUCGUCGAGCUCCCUGCAGCGCCACUGCAGCAGCAGCAUCAAGACCAAUGGCACUGGUGGGGGCGGAAUCGUGGCCGGACCCCAUGCCGCCCAGUUGCAGCGAAACAGCAGCAAACUCUCCCAGUACAGUAGCAACAGUUGUCGCUAUCUGACGCCCCAGAGCUCCCUCGUCAGCCAGUGCCAGCCCGCAGCGGUCCACACAACGCUGACGCUGCGGCCCAACAGCAGCUGCAGCACCAUCAUCAACUUUGGGGCGACAACACGAGGAUCGGCAGAGUCCGAGGACCUGCCCUCGCCGCCAGCGACUACGGCUCCAGCCCCACCACCACCACCACCACCGUCGCAGACAAGGCAAAUGCGCCCCAAACUGCAGCGCGGCAUCACCAUUGUGGAGCACAUCUCACUGAGUCCGCCAACGCCGCGUAAGUACCAGGCGCGCCAUGGCCGCCUCUUCGAGAUGUUCUUUCGCGGCUCCAAGAAGCUGCAGUCCAACUGUGGCAUGCCCACAGAGGUCUAAGGGAGGUCGGUCUGCCCGCGGAGAACGGAGAACGGAGUACACUCACUUGCUGAAGAAUUCUAAAAACAGUAUUCGUAAUUUGUAAGUUACCAAUUAGCAAAGACAACAAAAAGUGUUUGACUUUGAAUUUGUAAGCCGAAAAAAUGCUGUCCUAGAAGCUUCUCAUGCCAAAAAAAAAACAAGAAAAACAAAAGGAAAGAAAGAAGGAAAGAAAGAAAAACGAUAUAUGCGAGUGCUUGUCAAACUGUUCAAACAGUUUGAUGUGCAUACAAAAAAAAACAAAGAAUAACAAAAAAUAAGCGUAAAAAACAAAAGUACCUUUAAAAAGAAAAAGUUUAACAAAACAAUAUAGAAACAUCUGUGUACAAGUCAAAUUAAAUGAAAUUCGUAUAAGAAAUUAUCAAACUGUAAACUGGAACCAAGCCAAGGAUAGGAAUCAAUGUACCUAAGUAUCAUAUGAACAUUUAAUGUUUUUACUCAAACACAAAACCCAAAACACAAAUCGAAAAACCAAUCGAGAAAAUAUAGCAAAGACAGCACAGUUUUAAACCAGUCACACACGAAAGCUCCAGCUAAUUUAUUAUUUAUAUUAACUUUAUACUAGAACUAUUAUUAUUAUUA